AUGAAGUUCUCUCACACCCUCGUUGCUUUGGCCGCUGCCGGCAUCGCCAGCGCCCAGAUUCCAAAUAUCCCACCUUGCGCCCUCAUGUGCUUCAUCGAUGCUCUCGGCAACGACGGGUGCGAGAAGUUGACCGACUUCAAGUGCCACUGCGCCAAGCCCGAACUUCCAGGAAAGAUCACGCCUUGCGUUGAAAAGGCCUGCCCCAACAUUGAAGCCCGCAUCUCCGUCUCCAACAUCGUUGUGGACCAAUGCUCCAAGGCCGGUGUCCCGAUUAGCAUCCCACCAGCGGAUACUCGCACUCCCACCCAACCUGCGAGCACCAGCCCUAGCACUCCUCAGCCAACUGCCUGCAUUCCCAAGCGCCGCCGUGCAUGAACACGAGGAAGAUAGGAGUUGAGGUCUCCACAGUGACGGUUGUCCCGUUGGGGGAGUUUUCUUUCUUGUGCGACAGAUCCACGCUAUCUGCCACUCUGUAAAUAGUAAUCAUCAAGGCAUAAUACAAAUGCACGGAUUUACAUGCACUA